CAGACGAUGAUCGGUAUAAAAUGAGAGUAAUUAUUGCCGAUACUUCAUUCGCUUCAACCUCGAACGAAAACAACCAUCGAAAUGUUCAAGUUAGCCAUCGCAGCCACUUGUGCUCUCCUCUUUGUCGCCGUCUCGGCCACUCCCUACAGGGAUUGCGGAUCGACUGCUACAUUAACGGCUGUUCGUGUCCCAGGCUGCGACGUUCUACCCUGUAUCGUCUACCGUGGAACUAACGUAUCAGUCCAAUAUGAUUUUGUCGCAGUUGACUCUACCAACACACUGGAUAGUGAUGUAAAGGGCGUGAUUGGUGGCGUUACUCUACCUUGGCCCGGUCAGUUCCCUCCUGCUUGUGAAGAUGCAAUUGUUGGCGACUGCCCAGUUACCGCUGGCGAGUCUAUGACUAUGUCAACUAUUCUGGUGCUAUCUCCGUCCUUCCCUUCGGUGAGUGCUAAGGCCAUCUGGAACCUCCGUGACGAUAACGGCAAUCCUCUUGUUUGCUUCGAAGUUACUGUUAAACUUCUGUAAUUGGACGUAGCCUAGUUUUGUCGAAAAUAUUGACUGAUUUCUGAGUAAUACGGUUCUGAAUAAAUUUCCUUGUAGUUCCUUGAA